AUGGAUAUGCAAACUGUUUUAGGCAAACACAAAGUGCUUGAACUGAGACAACGACCAAACACCAGUAAACUUCAGGUAAUUUCAAGGGAAAAGCCAAAUUGUAAAUAUAAUUUUUCUUGAAACGUGUUUCAACUUCACACCUGUCUUCUCUCAUAUCCUCCAGGCUAAAUCUUUCGUACUUCCAGUAUGGAAGACCAAGGUGUAAGUUACUGCAUUUGUUUUCUUCUAACAACAACACUAAUUCUUCAUCAUCAAUCGUAUUUUCAUCAUACAUCGAAAAAUUGUUCCGCCAUUUUAAAUCAAAAUAAAUGUGCGUCAUAGUCAGGUUGUGGUUGGGUCGUUAAAAUAUGUGAGAUAAGUACAACUUUCCGACCGCACUUGUUAACAUUUUUCUCUACUGUGUCUUUGUUUAGCACGUCAUCAAUCGUAGACUCGCUUAUAAUUCAUGAGGAAAACACAAAGAAAAAUCAUAAUAGAAUGUUUUUAGGGUUAGUAAUCCAAGUGAUUAGAUUAAUGUUCAAUACCCAUGCAAGAUGUCCAAUGGAAAAAUCAAAAGGCCAUCGGACAUUCCAUUUGUCAAAUGGAUCUCUAAUUGUCUACUGGAUUUUCGUGUAUCCAUUGAAUCCAGUAGACAAAUGGAAUAUCCAUUGGACAUUUGUUUUUUCAGUUGGUCAAUUGACAUAUCUUUGGAUGACGUAAUGACAAGCAUAUACAUGUCAUGUAGAUACUAGGUGACUGAGAUAGCCAAACAAAAGUGUCUAUUGGAUCCAUUGGAAUUUUGCUUGUCAAUUGGAUCCAAUGGACAGGUGGAAUUUCCAUUGGACAUUUGCUUUUUCAGUUGUUCAAUUAAUUUAACAUGUUUUAGAAUGAUGUGAUGACAUGCAUAUGGAUGUCAUGUAGAUAUUAGGCCACUAAGAUGGCCAAACGAAAGUUUCCAAUGGAUCUGGAAAUGUCCAUUGGUUAAAUGACCACGCAAACUGAAGCAGGUUUAGUAAAAAUCUUUAACCAGAGAACAUCUGAAAAAAGUUGUAGUCACCAUCAUUAGCAAUGCAGGCUAAUGUACCUUAUUCAAUUUGGGCCCUAGAGAAUACGAUACGAAAUUGUCUUUGUUUCCUGAAAUCAGUCAAUACAGACGCGGUCAGUCAAAACAUACAUUUCCUGUAAUGGCGGAAGUCCUCGCAUGCUGCUCAUCAGGAAUUUUUAGAAAAUCUGACUGCUCUUUCUCUAAUUUUUAGAGCUAUAAAGUCUAUAAAUGUUUUAGGACUUUAUUUUGUCUGUCCGUAGUGUUGCUGAUGGUGUAAUUCAUUUCGUGACUGGUGUUCGUGCUCAGAACUUCAUCCCUGAUCAUGCCAUUACUGCCAUGGAGCAGGAUGACGCUAUAAAUUUUGAAAAUAUUUCAACAUGCAUUGACAAUAUGAACUUUAUGUACCCAGAAAUAGUUUCUGGUGUCAAUUCAUUCACCAGUUUCAACGAAUUUGUGUGA